AUGGAAAACUCCACGGCAGCAAAUGCCCCCGAGGCAGCCCUACCCCCGCCGAGCCCCAACUUUGAUCCGGUCGCCGUCUUUUGGCUCGUCUGGGGAGGAUUCUGGACGGUGCUAGUCCUCGGCGGCAUGAUCUUCCUGUUCAAGAACCGCCGCAUGCCGGUGCUCAAGAUCCGCGGCCUGGGUCUCUCGUUCGGCGCCGUCACUCUGCUCCACCUGUACUGGCUCAGCUGCCAGCUGGGCCUCUCCAUCGGCGCAUACGUGCCCGACCACGCCGAGUUCUGGGUCAUGGGACUCUACCUGCCGUUUGGCAUCGCCCUCUUCCAUGCCUCAAACAGCCGCUUCCUCCACGUCGCCGAGGCGCAAAAGAGGUACGCCGAAAAGGCCACCGUCUACUCGGGUCCAAAGAAGCAGACGUGUAGCUGCAGGGACAAGACGUUGAUGGGGAGGUUUCGGAAGCUGGAGUACUCCACCAGGAUCGUUGUUGUUGUGACCUUGGGGAUGCUGCUGCAGUUGACCUUGACCGUCGUCAUGUACCUCGUCUCCCGCAAAUACCAUCCUUCGUUUGGUAUUCCAGGCACCGAAGUAACAGGCACUCCUAUGCAGCAGAGGAUGGCCAGGGGCAAGGGAUGGGAGUGGUGGCCGUCCAUCGUCUGGCAAUUCUUCUGGGCUUGGAUGGUAGCCCCUGUCAUUCUUUGGAAAUCUCGUGACAUCAAGGACACCCAGGGAUGGCGUUUACAAACCCUUGCCUGCUGCAUCGCUAGCCUGCCUGCUACCCCAAUGUGGCUGGUUGCAGUCUACGUUCCGGCAAUGGAGCCCGUGAACCAAUACUUUAUUCCUCCUCAAUGGAUCUGUCUCUCCAUCAACUUUAUCGAAAUCUUCACAAUCUUCCUCCCCUGCUGGCAGGUGGUCAUGCACAAAUCCCUACGCAAGGAGACGCUCGAAUCAAUCGCCAGCUGGGAGGCCAAACGGCGCGAGAACCCCGAGCCCAGGAUGUCCUUUGUCACCGACUCGACAAAGAUCGGCUCCGCGACCGGCGCCAGCUGGAAGUUUCUCGCCGACGUCGAAAAGGCCACCGGCCAGUCCGAGAGCGUCUUCACCAUGGGCGCGCUCGACUACGUGCUGGAGAAGAACCCAGAGCCCCUCCGCAAGUUCUCGGCCCUUCGCGACUUUUCCGGAGAGAACAUUGCCUUUUUGUCGGCCGUCGGCGAUUGGAAGUCGGCAGACUGCAGCCGGCGCACACCCGCGGGAUCGAACGCCUCGGGCACCCCGGGGUCCGAAAAGGAGGACGUCGAGGACAAGGAGGCCGAGAUGGGCCGCAGGCGCUUCAACCGCGCGCUGCAAAUCUACGCAGAGUUCAUCAGCCCGCGCCACGCCGAGUUCCAGGUCAACAUUGCCUCGCACGACCUCCGCCAGCUCGAGGACAUCUUUGAGGACGCGGCGAGGAUCCUCUACGGGGAUGGGCACCUUGAGAAUCCUGCCGUGCCGUUUGAGACGCCCGACUGGUCCGGGAAUGGAGGCUCGUCCGCCGGGUCCGGGUCAGGUGACGAGCUUGCCCCUGCCGAGUCGGAAGACCGCGGGCGUGCUCAGUACUUUGGGGAGAUACCGGAGCAGUUCUCGCCGGGAGUUUUCGACGCGGCCGAGAUCAGCAUCAAGUAUCUCGUCCUGACCAACACUUGGCCAAAGUUUGUCAAGGAGGGGAGGGCCUCGAUAUCGGAGCAGUCCUUGAACUCGGCCGAGACGGAUGAUUCUCGGUCGCCGCUCUCUAGGAUAUCCGUGUACCUGAGGAACAUGAGGUACUAG